AUGUCAGCUUACAAAGGACAUCCUCUGCUUUCUUCAAUGCUCUCCAAAAUGUCCUGUCCCAAUAGCUCUCCCGCUACUAACUCGUUUUUAGUAGAUUCCCUGAUUAGUGCUUGCAGAGGUGACAGCUUCUAUUCAAACAGCUCCCUAUACAUGCCAUCGAGCACGGAUAUGGGAACUUACGGAAUGCAGACCUGUGGACUGCUCCCGACCAUGACUAAACGAGGAGAGAUUACCCAUCAAAAUAUGAGCAUGAGCGUCCAUCCGUAUUUAUCUCAGGUAGACGGUUGGGCUGACCCUUCGAGACCAUGCCGAAUUGAGCAACCUGUUACUCCACAGAUGCCCACGUGUUCUUUUCCUACUAGCAUAAAGGAAGAAAGCACUUGCUGCAUGUAUAAUUCUGAUAAGCGGGCCAAACUCAAUCCUGCCGCAGUUCCCACCUACCCCAGGCUGGUGUCCGAAAGCUGUUCAAUUGAGAACCCUGAAAUUCCCAUCCCGGGAUAUUUCAGACUCUGUCAGGCUCACCCACUAGAGAAAAGUGUGGACUAUAAUCACGCUGGAGAGAUCAGUUCAAAUGUAGUGCCGCACUCAAGCCCUGGGUUCAUCAGUAAACUUCAGCUGCCCAACCAGUCUCCAGCGGAAACGAAAAUAAACGAGAAGCCAAACGCACAGGAAUCCAUUAAGGGAAUAUAUGUGGAAAGUCCUGAGCCAAAGCCGAGUUUACUGGAGGCCAGUGCAACCGCUAAAGAAGGCGAGUCUGGCUCGGAACAGUCGGACAAAGAGGCUGAAGAAGAGACCAAAACUCCGAUAAGCAACUGGCUAACAGCAAAUAGUGGAAGGAAAAAGAGAUGUCCUUAUACAAAACAUCAAACACUGGAAUUAGAGAAAGAAUUUUUAUUUAAUAUGUAUCUGACUCGUGAGCGCCGUCUAGAGAUAAGUAAGAGCGUGAAUCUGACCGACAGACAAGUGAAGAUCUGGUUUCAAAAUCGUAGAAUGAAGCUGAAGAAAAUGAGCAGAGAAAACCGAAUUCGAGAACUGACCACUAACUUGACCUUCUCGUGAGCGUGAAACACGGAUUCAAAGUGACCCAACGCAGUUGAUAAUGUAGUGGCUAACUGGGGAUUGUGGAAUAAGUCUGUUUAUCCACUCUGGGAUAUGAUCGAUAAUUCUGAUCUCAAUGUUUUAGCGUUAUGGUUGUCUGAAAGUACAAUAGCACGUUUGCCUUAGCAAGAAUAUUUUCUUUUAACAAUGUUCUAUUGAAUAUAAGGCUAAUAAUUUACUUUGCUUAGCAGGUAAAGCUUAAGUUAUUUGACAUGAUACGGUUUUCGUGCAAUUUGAGAAAAGUGUUCUGUUCAUCAGAACACGAUUUGAAGUGUUAAUUACCGUUACACUUAAACCAUGGUCCUAUAAAUACAAUGUUUAGGUCUAUAGACGAAACUCUUUUGGUCGGUUUCUGAAAAGUGCGAUGGAGUAGUAAUGUAAAUCUUCGUUUAUUUAUAUGCAUGUGCCUGUCCUAAAUUAUAUUUCAACUUCUUUAACCCCCCUUUUCAAGUAAGGGAAUCUUCGCUAAUAGCCAUAGGCAGAAUUGCUAAGUUAAUAGUGGGCAAUAUAAUCAAAAUGUUUUAUCUACGAUAAAUACUUCUUUGGUUUAAUAAAUUGAAUGUAAUAAUGCAAUUCGAAUACUAAUUCCAUCUCAUUUCCUAAAACACCAAAAAACAAAGCGCAGUUGUGUGUCAAGUGGCCAACAUAAAAUCCGCAGGGCAGUUUUCUCUAUUUAAAUUAAACCAAAGAGCAGGAUGAAACCGGAGAGUGUACCCCGUUUGAUAAAGGGCACAGAAUUUAUAAAUGUGCGCAUUUAUUUAUCAAAAUAUUUAUUUUUUCCUCCCGAAAUAUGUUUUCAAUAAAUACGGAUUUCUUAAUACUUAUUAGCAUAACCCCUCUACCAGAAUGUACGUUGGUAUUAUCUAAAUCGAUGUUUCGGAAAUGAAGUGCGAGAAGCCCUUUGCUACAGAAAUAUGUACAUAAUGUAUUAAUCCGUUUUUUUUAAUUAAGAAAAGGUUCACGGUUAGUUCUUUUAUUUGAGUUUGACUUCAGCCACGGUAUGGAAAGUAUUUUUCGUUGCGUUCCUAGUACUGAUAAACAUAUCUGGCUUAUCUAAGACUGGAUAGUUCGACAUUUUCAAUGUAAAUGGCAAUUCCUCUGUUCACGUUUUAUUAUCCAGUCAGAAAUAACCUGAGAAUAUUUGGUUGCAGUCAGAAUCAAAUAUUAUGAAAUAUUUUCGUUUCUUCUGACGAAUUACGGUUGUAUCCUGUGAUUAUUAUCCGCUGCAACUAAAAUAAUAAUUUUAGUGGCACGGUUAGACUCCUUGGUACUUCUAACGCAUGGUUUUAUGAUGAAAAUACAAUGACGAAAUAGAAUUUCUCAAAAGAUUUCAAAACAAAUCAAACUGUAAAUUCAAGUGGACAAAAGGGAACAGUGGGAUAAAGGUUUAGUUCGUUGCAUUCCUUUUGACAAAAAGGUCCAAUCCAAUCAAUAAAGCGCACAGUCUAUAUAAUUAAAACGUUUUUAGUUAAAAUGUUUUUAGUUUGAAAUCGAAAUUGCAAUAACUCUUCGAUAAAACGUGGGUGUCAUAAACAUUAUAAAAUUGUUAAAUUAAACAAAAUAGCGUUGCUGCAUGCAUUUAUUGCACUUGAGAACAAAACUGCGAAACAUUUAAAAUUGCAAUGUAUACAAGGGCAGCACUAAGACAUAGUACAAGAAUUGAAACCAAAUCAAACUCACCAAUCUGAUCAAUCGUGAACUGUGAAAGAAAAUAUUGUUUUUACAUAAUUUGAAUCAAAAUCUGAACAUUUACGGUGCUUGUUUAGAAUAACACUUAUUUCGACAUACACUCCCACUAAUGCUAAAUAUAUUAUUGUCACUCAGUUUGUUCUACAUGAGAGGACAAGAAAAAGUCUUUCCAAUUUGUUGUUUAAUGGCUGACUUUCUAUGUUCAAAUGGAGAA